GUACUAUCAUCGAAAACUAGUAGUGAUAUAAGGUAAGAAUUGUAUAUAAAUAGGCGCGAAUGGUUGGCCAAUAUACUGGUAUAGUGUAAAACACAAAUAAACUUCUUUAGUAUACAUAUAAUCUAAGGUUCAAAUAUCCGAUCAAGCAGGGAAAAAUGGCCUCAGCACAAGAAGCAAUUGUUAUGAACGACGCAGAGAAAGCAGUCGUGGAGAAGAUGGUAGAGGUGGCUAAAAGCAUUGGCACGACUGAAAAGGAUAUGGCCGUUGAUGCUAAGAAUAUGCAACAAAAUAGCGCAGUUGUCGCCAUGACAAACUCCACCUUUGCAAGCAUUAAUUUCUCAAACUCUCAUAAUUGGUUUGGGCAAAUCACAGGUAGUUAUCCUGGAGUUAUUACUAAAGGGUCUCAUGCAACCUUUACCCAUAAGGCGGAUGCUAAGAAUGGCUCCAAGGGCGCGGUAGUGUAUAUGGGCACUAAUAAAGAAGGAAUGCCGUGUGGAUGGCUUUUGGCUUGGUAUGCACCCAUUGAUCCUUCCCCGUCGACUCGUAAUAAGGUGUAUGUUACCUGUGGCAAAGCUGCUAAUUUUGAUAAUGUGAAUUGGAAUCAAGUCCAAACUAAAUUGGAUGCAUCUGCUGAUCUUGUUAAUUACUAUGACUCAACUACUAAGACCGCCAUUCAUGCCAACAUCCAACCAGGCGCCAACUUCGCAUCAGUUGGGGCUAGCUUCGGAGCUGUUUAAGCACCACGAACAACUUAUAUGGACUUUGGAUGUGUCCUUCCUAUAUAUAAACUAGGAAUACAUCAUCUUAUAUUAAGUGCGAGUACAUUUUUAUGGGUCACUCAUAAUUAUACAUGCUCGCUAGCUAGUACGUUCUUAUCAUGGCUUGCAUGUUAAAUAUACUAAUAUUGUACUCUAAUAAAGGACCCAACUAGUAUUUAUCUAUAUUACUCUAUCUUACACACAGGUAUUUAUCUUACAUAUCCAUAUUUAUCUUA